CAGCCGCUCUCCCCCGCAGGAUCGCUGCGAUGGCCGCCCAGGGAGAGCCGCAGGUCCAGUUCAAGGUCGUCCUGGUGGGCGAUGGCGGCACCGGAAAGACGACGUUCAUGAAGCGCCACUUGACCGGAGAGUUUGAGAAGGAGUAUGUAGCCACCCUGGGUGUGGAAGUGCACACGCUCGUCUUCCAUACCAACAGAGGACCCAUCAAGUUCAACGUGUGGGACACCGCCGGCCAGGAGAAGUUCGGGGGCCUGCGCGAUGGCUACUACAUCCAAGCCCAGUGUGCCAUCAUAAUGUUUGACGUAACAUCGAGAGUUACUUACAAGAACGUGCCUAGCUGGCAUAAAGAUCUGGUACGCGUGUGUGAAAACAUCCCCAUUGUAUUGUGUGGCAACAAAGUGGAUAUUAAAGACAUGAAAGUGAAGGCAAAACCUAUUCUCUUCCACCGAAAGAAGAAUCUUCAAUACUAUGACAUUUCUGCCAAAAGUAACUACAACUUUGAAAAGCCUUUCUUCUGGCUUGCCAGAAAGCUCAUCGGAGAUCCUAACUUGGAGUUCGUGGCCAUGCCUGCUCUUGCCCCGCCUGAGGUGGUCAUGGACCCAGCUUUGGCAGCACAGUAUGAGCAUGAUCUAGAGGUUGCUCAGACAACUGCUCUCCCAGAAGAGGAAGAUGACCUGUGAGAAAGUGAAGCUGGAG